AUGGUGACUCAGAUUUUGAUACUGAAAGUGAGGGUGAUGGGGAUGAUAUUGAAGGGGAUAAUGAAUGGACAAGUAAGACAGGUUCUUAAGGAGGCACUCAGGGAAUAUUCCAUUAUUCAUGGAAGGAAACUGUUCUUUGAAAAAAAUGACAAGACGAGAGUAAAGGCAAUUUGCAACGGAGGAUUAAAAUGUCCAUUUGUGGUUUAUGCUUCACAGAUUGGAAAGAAUGUGCAAACAUUUGUAAUUAAGAAGUUGAGCUUAGAACACACAUGUGGGAGGGUGGAGAAACUGAAGUUUGCUAAUCCCAAAUGGAUUUGUGACAGAUUUUCUAGCAAGAUUAAGAGAAACACAUAUUGGAAUCUCAAAGCUUUUCAAGGAGAAGUUUUGGAGUCCUAUCAUGUGAGGGUGUCCAAAACUCAAGUGUAUAGGGCAAAGAAAUUGGCUAAAGCACAAAUUGAAGGAAACUACAUACAGCAAUAUGCACGGUUGUGGGACUAUGCAGAGCAGUUGAAGAAAACCAACAAAGGUAGUACAGUGAAAAUUAAGUGUGAUAUGGUUGGGGGUGAAGCAAUAUUUCAAAGGAUUUAUGUGUGUUUGGCUGCUUGUAAAAGAGGGUUUUUAGAAGGGUGCAGGCCUGUAAUUGGGGUUGAUGCUUGCCAUUUGAAAGGUCCUUAUUCUGGCCAAAUAUUGACUGCUGUAGGAGUUGAUGGUAAUAAUGGUCUUUUCCCAAUUGCAUAUGCUGUGGCUGAGAUUGAAAACAAGGACUCUUGGAUUUGGUUUCUGUCUUUGUUGAUUGAAGAUUUAGGUAUUAGAAAUGGUUUAUCCUGGGCUUUCAUAAGUGAUAAUCAAAAGGGGCUCAUACCUGCCAUUGCACAUGUACUACCAACUGCAGAGCAUAGGAUGUGCGUCCAGCACUUGUACAAUAAUUUCAGAGCAACACAUCUUGGUCUCCCUCUUAAACACAUGUUGUGGGCAGCUGCCAGAGCCACUACUAUUCCUUGGUGGGAAGCAGAAAUGGACAAGAUGAAGGAAGAGGACUUGGAAGCUUGGAAAUGGUUGGUGCAGAGACCACCCAAUAAUUGGACCAAAUCUCAUUUUCAUACAAGGUAUAAGUGUGAUCAUCUACUGAACAACCUUUGUGAGAGCUUUAAUGCAGUUAUAAUUGAUGCCAGAGAUAAUUCCAUUUUAACAUGUUUGGAGAGUAUUCGAAUGUAUGUGAUGCUUAGGAUGGCUAAUCGAAGGGCUGCUUGUGGUAAAUGGAAACACCUUGUUGGCCCAAGGAUAUUCAAAAUAAUUGAUAAGAACAAGAUGGGAGCUUCUCAAUGCAUUCCUAGAUUGGCUGGGGAGAAAAUGUAUCAAGUCAGUCACAUGUAUGGUGGGGAGUUUGUUGUAGAUCUUGCAGCAAUGUCUUGUAGUUGUAGGAGAUGGGAUUUAUGUGGCAUACCCUGUGCACAUGCUAUUUCAGCUAUAUUCCACAGAGAUGAAAACCCUGUUGAAUAUGUACAUGAGUGUUAUAAGCCAGAGACAUACAUGAGGUCAUAUCAACCAAUAGUUCACCCCAUCCCUUCUAUGGAUCAGUGGGUUAAGGGUGGCUUGCCUCCAAUUAGACCUCCAUUUCAUAAGCGGCAACCAGGAAGACCCAAGAGAGUGAGGACAAAGGAGGCUGUUGAGGUUCAAUUACCAGCCCCAAACCUACCAAACCCUUUGCCUCCAGGUUACACUGCUCCAGCAGCAAAACUUAGAAGACUCUUCAUUAAAAUUAGAUGUGGAGCAUGUGGAAAAGAAGGCCACAAUCGAAGAGGAUGUGGAAGACAGGCUGAGGCAGCCCAAAAUGGGAAUGUUGGCCAAAAUGAAGUUCAAGCUGCUGACAAUGGAAAUGCAGGCCAAAAUGAUAUUGCCCCAGCCCAAACUGAGACUGCCCCAGUCCAAACUAAUGCUGCCCCAACUCAAACUGAAACUAAUGCUGCCCCAACUCAAACUGAUACUGCCCUAGCCCAAAUUGAAGUUAUUAGGCGCAGAGGAAGAGGAAGAGGAAGAGGAAGAGGCUUAUGGAAUCCAGCUGCAAGGAUGUCAUCUUUACAACCA